GCUGCGGCUCAGUCGCUCAGUCAGUCUCGGGCUGUCCAGCCAGGGUGUUUGGUGGUGAGGAUUCAGGCUCCGUCCAGACGAGGCUGUGGCCUGAGGCUUAGGGCCCCCAGCCCCUCCCUCCCAGUCCAUCAGUGUCAGCCCCCCCAGCCCCGACCUGGACCGCACACCUUGGGACACGGUUUUCCACUUCCUCAGGACGAGCCCCAGACUGGAGGAGAGGUCGGAGGAGGUGGGCGUUGGGCUCUUCGCGAGGACCCCGGCGGUGGGCCUGGGGGAGGCAGCCGAAGCGGCGGCGGCCGGGAGCGACAUGGCCGAGGAACAGGACCUAUCAGAGGUGGAGCUGAGCCCUGUGGGCUCCGAGGAGCCCCGCUGCCUGUCCCCUGGCAGCGCGCCGUCGCUGGGACCCGACGGCGGCGGCGGUGGCUCGGGCCUGCGAGCCAGCCCGGGGCCCGGCGAACUGGGCAAGGUCAAGAAGGAACAGCAGGACGGCGAGGCAGACGAUGACAAGUUCCCUGUAUGCAUCCGCGAAGCCGUCAGCCAGGUGCUCAGCGGCUACGACUGGACGCUGGUGCCCAUGCCCGUGCGUGUCAAUGGCGCCAGCAAGAGCAAGCCGCACGUCAAGCGGCCCAUGAACGCCUUCAUGGUGUGGGCACAGGCGGCGCGCAGGAAACUGGCAGACCAAUACCCGCACCUCCACAAUGCCGAGCUCAGCAAGACGCUGGGCAAGCUUUGGAGGCUGCUGAACGAGAGUGACAAACGCCCCUUCAUUGAGGAGGCUGAACGGCUCCGCAUGCAACACAAGAAGGACCAUCCCGACUACAAGUACCAACCUCGGCGGCGGAAGAAUGGGAAGGCAACCCAAGGGGAGGCAGAAUGCCCAGGUGGGGAGGCUGAGCAAGGAGGGGCUGCUGCCAUCCAAGCCCACUACAAGAGUGCCCACCUGGACCAUCGGCACCCGGAAGAAGGCUCCCCCAUUUCAGACGGGAACCCAGAGCACCCCUCAGGCCAGAGCCAUGGCCCUCCUACACCUCCAACCACCCCAAAGACAGAGCUGCAGUCCGGCAAGGCAGACCCCAAAAGGGAUGGGCGCUCCCUGGGGGAGGGCGGGAAGCCCCACAUCGACUUCGGCAACGUGGACAUCGGAGAGAUCAGUCACGAGGUAAUGUCCAACAUGGAGACCUUUGAUGUGACUGAGCUGGACCAAUACCUGCCACCCAAUGGGCACCCAGGCCAUGUGGGUAGCUACUCAGCAGCUGGCUACGGGCUGGGCAGUGCCCUGGCUGUGGCCAGUGGACACUCUGCCUGGAUCUCCAAGCCACCAGGUGUGGCUCUGCCCACGGUCUCACCCCCUGGUGUGGAUGCCAAAGCCCAGGUGAAGACAGAGACCACAGGCCCCCAGGGACCCCCCCACUACACUGACCAGCCGUCGACUUCACAGAUCGCCUAUACCUCCCUCAGUCUGCCCCACUACGGCUCCGCCUUCCCCUCCAUCUCCCGCCCCCAGUUUGACUAUUCUGACCAUCAGCCCUCAGGACCCUAUUACGGCCAUGCGGGUCAGGCCUCUGGCCUCUACUCAGCCUUUUCCUACAUGGGGCCUUCUCAACGGCCCCUCUAUACGGCCAUCUCUGACCCUAGCCCCUCAGGGCCCCAGUCCCACAGUCCCACACACUGGGAGCAGCCGGUAUAUACGACUCUGUCCCGACCUUAG